AUGCUGAAAAAGGUGAAGGCAAAUCCUAAAACGUCGGCUCUGGCACCUCCAACAACAAAUAUGCCAGAAUAUACUACUAAGAAAACGACAUUACCUACUUCAAAAUCAUCAGUAACUACUACUCCAAAGACAACAACUUUACCUACCACAAAGCCAUCAGUAACUACUACUCCAAAGACAACAACUUUACCUACUUCAAAACCAUCAGUAACUACUACUCCAAAGACAACAACUUUACCUACAGCAAAAUCAUCAGUAACUACUACUCCAAAGCCAACAACUUUACCUACCACAAAAUCAUCAGUAACUACUACUCCAAAGCCAACAACUUUACCUACCACAAAGCCAUCAGUAACUACUACUCCAAAGACAACAACUUUACCUACCACAAAGCCAUCAGUAACUACUACUCCAAAGACAACAACUUUACCUACCACAAAGCCAUCAGUAACUACUACUCCAAAGACAACAACUUUACCUACCACAAAGCCAUCAGUAACAACUACUAAUCCAAAAACAACAACUUUACCUACCACAAAAUCAUCAGUAACUACUACUCCAAAGACAACAACUUUACCUACCACAAAGCCAUCAGUAACUACUACUCCAAAGACAACAACUUUACCUACCACAAAGCCAUCAGUAACUACUACUCCAAAGACAACAACUUUACCUACCACAAAGCCAUCAGUAACAACUACUAAUCCAAAAACAACAACUUUACCUACCACAAAGCCAUCAGUAACUACUACUCCAAAGACAACAACUUUACCUACCACAAAGCCAUCAGUAACUACUACUCCAAAGACAACAACUUUACCUACCACAAAGCCAUCAGUAACUACUACUCCAAAGACAACAACUUUACCUACCACAAAGCCAUCAGUAACUACUACUCCAAAGACAACAACUUUACCUACCACAAAGCCAUCAGUAACUACUACUCCAAAGACAACAACUUUACCUACCGCAAAAUCAUCAGUAACUACUACUCCAAAGACAACAACUUUACCUACCACACAAUCAUCAGUAACUACUACUUCAACGAAAACAACUUUACCUACCACAAAAUCAUCAGUAACUACUACUCCAAAGACAACAACUUUACCUACCACAAAAUCAUCAGUAACUACUACCACAAAGACACCAGUAUUACCUUCCACAAAGACAUCAGUAUUUCCUACCGAAAAGGUUUCAACAUCUACCAAAAAGACUGCAUCAACCGUGCUAACAACAACAACGCAUUCAAAACAGAAGCCAAAUGGAACAUCUACUCAAAAUUUCCUCACAACGCCGAAAAAUACAUCUGUCCAUAAUUCAACUAAAAGAAAAGAGAACUUUGUGACAACAACUCCACUUGGUCCACUUAGUAGUAAACCAUCAAAAGACAGUAAGUAUAUGAAUAAUUGUAACUAA